CCACAGUGCGGCUGUCUCUUUCGCAAUCUGCUACAACAACUCUGAUGAAUUGUCCACUAGGCGCUAAUGGAUACUUGCUCGACCAGUUCCUGCAGGACGUGUCGAAUAAGCGAACGGACGACUACGGCGGGAGCAUCGAGAACCGGGCCCGGUUUCCUCUUGAAGUCGUCGACGCGGUGGCCUCCGUGGUCGGCGCUCAGCGGACCGCUAUCCGGCUCAGUCCGUGGUCUCGAUUUCAAGGCAUGCGGAUGAGCAAUCCGAUGCCGACGUUCUCGUAUGUCAUCUCGGAGCUGGUCAAGCGACACUCGGACCUCGCAUACAUCCAUCUCAUCGAGCCUCGCAUUGCCGGCAACACUACUCUGGAGGGGUACGAAGAUGCCGAAGAAUCCAAUAGUACGCUGAUGGAUUUGUGGUUUCCCCGACCGCAUAUCGCUGCCGGGGCCAUGACGCGGGAUAAAGCUCUCCAAGUCACCGCGAAAGAAAGUCUGCUGGCUUGUUUCGGACGUUACUACAUCUCCAAUGUGCGUAACCUUGUCCUGGCAAGAUCUGUUUCGAUGUCUUGAAUCCGAUUGGUAGCCUGAUCUACCUGACCGCCUGGAGAGAGACAUUCCGCUCAGACCGUACGAUCGCGAUCUGUUCUAUCUGCAAGGGGAAGAUUCGCCCAGAGGCUACACGGAAUACACGCCUGCUCAGUAGAAAUCAAUAGGACAUCACCCAACUAGCGUUGAAGCAUGUCUUGCUUGUAUCGUAUUCCCGUGGUUUUUUACAACUCUGAAUCCUGGCUCGGGUGCCAGCAAGAUGUGCACUGAAGAGGAAGAAGCCCGAGACGACUGCUCGCCGGGACACACAGAAUUCGUGGCCCUGAGAGACCCCAGAGCACUCAUUCGCCACGACUAGACGAAUGAGGUUCCCGGAGGGCAAGGUCUGGCUGGGACCCAUUGUUGUCAACGCGGGUAUCGAUGCUGGAGGAUAAAGGACGGUCACGGGAGUUGGCUGCGAGGAUUUCUCCUGUCGCACGGCUCGAUUUCGUCACCACGGCUUUCAGGUCGGAGGAGGGGAAAAAACUCUGAAGUGGGCAAUGUCAGUUUGUCUCAUCGAAUGGCAACGGUGAAUUUCGAAGACUUAAUCUUGUUAUCCACGCUAUGUCUUCUAUUGUAUACCCUUUGCCUACUGUUUGGAUGGAGACAUUCGAUAUCCGACUGUUGAUCAAGUCCAGAAUAUCUGUAGACGCCCCGGGAUCAUAUAUUCGGCCGAUUCCGAGCACCUGACCGGAGCCUUUUUGCGGAAGCUCACAGGCUAUUCCUCGUCAGAUUGUCGGGCAGUGCUCCUCAAAUUCUCUCCUCCUCCGGGCUCAGAACCCGCCAGCACCUGACUUCAAUACCAGCGUCGAGGAUGUCUAUAAAUUCCCUUGCGCGGUCUGCUGGCCGUGACUCUGUCGUCUCAUGUCCCUACUACAGCUCACCGCCCUUCUCUCGUCCGCCCUCGGCGUCGUCCAUGGCCUGACAACGGUCACCGUCCAGUCCGGGACGACGUUCCAGACGAUGGACGGGUUCGGGUUCUCCGAGGCCUUCGGCCACGCACAGCAGAUCAUGGGCUAUCCCGCCGCCGAGGCGAAGGCGACGCUGGACCUGCUGUUCGACCGCAACAUCGGCGCAGGGUUGACGAUCGUGCGGAACCGGAUUGGCUCGGGCGGCGCGGGGGACGGCAUCCUGCCCACGAGUCCUGGAUGCCCGACGUGCGCGCCGACGUAUGUCUGGGAUGGCGUGGAUGCGGGCCAGGUGUGGUUCGCUCAGCAGGCGAUGACGUACGGGGUGAAGACCUUCUACGCGGAUGCGUGGAGCGCGCCGGGUUUCAUGAAGACAAACAACAACGAGGCGAACGGCGGAUCUUUGUGCGGCGUUACCGGUGCUACUUGCGCGUCGGGCGACUGGAAACAGGCCUAUGCCAAUCUCAUCGCCCAGUACAUCUUGUUCUACAAGCAGUCCAAUGUCACCCUGACCCACGUCGGGUUUCUGAACGAGCCCGAGUUCCAGGCGACCUACUCUUCCAUGCUGUCGAACGGGCAGCAGGCUGCGGAUUUCAUCAAGGUCCUGGCCCCGACUUUGACCGCUGCAGGACUCACCACUAAGAUCGCCUGCUGCGACUCCGAGGGAUGGAAGAACCAGAUCACCAUGACGAACGACAUCAACGCGGCUGGUGCCAUGCCUCUGCUGGGGAUCGUCACCUCGCACGCUUACACGUCCUCGCCCAGCACCCCGCUCAACACGACCCACCCCGUCUGGCAGACCGAAAACGCGGACCUCAACGACCAAUUCAACCCCAACAACUGGUACUCCUCUGGCGGAGCCGGCGAGGGGAUGACCUGGGCCAACCGGAUCUCUGACGGGAUCGUCAACUCGAAUCUGUCUGCUUAUCUGUACUGGGUGGGCAACGAGCCUGGGGGAACGACCGACUCGACGCUGACGACGACGAACGGGACGACGGUGAUCGCGUCGAAGCGGCUGUGGGCAUUCGCGCAGUGGUCGCGGUAUGUGCGUCCUGGCGCGGUGCGGCUCGGGACCUCGGCUGCGGGGACGACGACCAACUUCAAGUUCAGCGCAUUCAAGAACCCCGACUCCAGCGUGUCUGUGCAGAUCCUCAACAACGGCCAAGGGAACACCGCAGUCAACGUCACCACUGCCGGAUUCGUGCCCACGAAGGCUUUCGCCGUCGUGUCGGCGCAGGGGAUCGACCUGGAUACCGUCCCGGUGACACUCGUGGGCGGACUGGCGACGGUGAUCGUCCCCGCGAACGGCAUGGUCACGGUCGUUUUCAACGCUGGAUCAACCGAGGUUCCGCCAUCCAGCAGCACGACGUUCACUACGUCAGCGAGCUCAGGCACGGGCUGUUUCUCGCCCAUUUUCGGACAAUGCGGUGGACAGAGCUGGACGGGAUGCACAAGCUGCGCUGCUGGAUCUACAUGUGUCUCCAGCAAUCCUUUCUAUUCGCAGUGCGUGCAAAAUUAAACUGCCGGCUUUACUUCGCCGGAGUGUACCGUACGGUACAAAAAUCGAUGCUUCUGUAUCCGGAAAAAGCACGUUAUCAAACAAAUUGAAUGAAUCAUGAGUCCCGCUUGUAAGACUCGCGUGAUCAAUCCUGCUUGUCCUCGUUCCUGAUUCAUG